GCAAGCUGGCUGGCAUCACAUACUUUUUUCAGUUGUACGGGCCGGUACUUUGAAAUGCCUCCGAGGGCAAAAUUUCUGCUCUUAUUCCUACUGGUCGCCACUCAAGUUCUACAACACAGCGGCGCGGAAAAGCAAGUCAUAAAAUACGGAAGAAGAACUGUUAUAAAAAUUAUCACCGGCAAACGAUUGCACAUCAUUAGAUGCUGCGGCUUAGUAAAGUGUUCUGAUGCUUUUGGUCAGGCCAAGACUCCCUCCAAGAGUGGGCAGAACACUCCAAUAGUGCUGCAAGAUAAUUCGACCCUGGGUCCUCGUGGAACAGCAAUUACGACUUUGGGAGAAUUAUUGAGCACGCAAAAUGACUUUUCUGCUGUCGAAACAUCUGAUUUUUUUUCACUCCCAGAAUCGACAAAUGGUGACAUGCCAAGUUCUACCACCAAGGACACGGGGAUCCGCAGCUUUUCGGCAGCCUCAAAAAUGCCUGAAUUCAACAAUAACCCAGAAACUCUGCAAAGUUCUAUCAUCACAGACACAGACACGGAGAUUCCGGAAAUUUUGGCAACCACUGAAAUUCCCGAAUUUGUCCCCUUUGCAAAACCGUCCGUUGAUUUGGGUACAAAAACUUCGGAACUUAACAAUCCAUCAGAAAGUAUCACUGAAACAAGAACUUCCACCAUUAUAUCGAACACCCCAACAAUGGAAUCGACAAAAUUUGACACUCGGACGGAAAUUAUUUCUGGAACAACAAUUUUAACCUCAUUGAACACUCUGCAGUCAAGCAUCUCGCCGGAAUCUAUAAACACGACAAAAUUAAUCACAACUCUAACCACAAAUUUAUCAAAAGUUUCAACCACGACAGCAACUGAAAAACCUUCAACCAAUAUGGUUACAACAACAACAACCAUGGUCACCACCAUUGACCCAGCGCUGUUUGGAGAAUGUAAAAGAGAAACAAACGCUGCUGUUAACCCAGCCUUCUUUUUAACCAAUGGAGAACUAAAGGAUCCGGACGUGCACGGUUUCUGGCUGAACGCGUGCGGCCAGACCUUUUUGCUUGGAAAAUCACUGGGCUCUUGGUACGAAAACUCGGAUAAAUGUUUCAGCCUGAAAAUGCAGCCUUUCGCCUUGGAGAGCAAAGAGAAGCUCGACUGCAUGAAAAUUCAAGCCAAGGGAUGGAAAUUCAACAUGAAUUACUGGACGGGCGGAGCCAAGUACCUGGCGAGCGGCGCCUUUGGUUGGUGCUCGGCGAACGGUUCCAAACCCUGGCAGGACGUUCUGCCCCUGGUCAACCUGGACAAGGAAAAAAACUGCGUCCAGAUGCAAAUCAACAAGACAAGUGGCUCCAUUUCGAUCAGCGGCAGGCGGUGCUCGGACAAAACUAUUUUCGCGUGCCAGGGCCCGCCGACGAAAGGUCCCAAAUGCACUAGUCCUGUUUGCCCAAGUUUCACCUGCGAGAGAGACCCAUUGCUUUUCACCUCAUCUGCUGGAGAAGCAUCAAUGAUCCUGAAAAAUCAUACUGUUCACGGAAAAUGGUUCACGGUCAAACUGCGUAAUUACCUCUUCAGUUUCGAAAAAGACACUAGAACUAACUUUGGAGCGAUGAAGGCCUGCUGUGCCCUGGGCAUGACUCUGCUGAGUUUAGAUGAGAAAUACAAGUAUGACGCUUUGGCCAGCAUCAGCAAAACUGUCGAAAUGAACAAAGAGCUGCAAAAUUUGACCUUCUGGACUUCUGGUUCGGACGGGGGCUGCGAGUCUGUAUUCGGAUUUUGUUCGGCCAAACGGUUGUUCCGGGGCGAGGCAAAGUGGCUGCCGGGACAGCCGGACAACGUCAAAGGAAAGGAGAACCACGUGGCCGUCCACAUUUGGCGUCAAAGGGGACAAGUGCGUCUUGCCGAUUACGACGGAAUGAAAAGAUUCAGAUACAUCUGCGAGCAAAGACGAAAUCCGCAGUCAAAGAAUGGGAAGCAGGCAAUUAUUGAUGAAUGCUCGAUUAUUUACAACGUUACUUCAACCGAAAUUGAUUUACUUCAGAAUGCGACGAUAUUGGAUUUGCGAAUGAAAUGUGUUGGAGACGCUGUGGGCCUGCUGGUUGAUGGGAAGUUUGUGCCGAGCGAGGUGUUCGCGAUGUUCGAAAGUAUAAAUAUGCAAAAUGCGAACGAGCUGAUGAAAAAUAUGGCCAUCAUGGACGAGUGCAACAACAAAACUUAUGGAAUGGACGAGUGCGACAAGGCGUAUCAAUUGACCAAGUGCGCCAGGGACAAGGCGCCGGCGGUUUUUGACCAAAUGAUCAAGAAUCUGGACAAUCUAGCGUCAGAUAGUUUUGAAUUGUCGUCCAGGUCGUCCGCAUGUGUAUAUUGUAACGCUAACAUUAUGGCAAAGAAGAAUUUAACGUCAUUAAAUGCGACUAUGAAUCCGUCGAGUUAUAUUGAGUACAUCAAUAGGACGUACCUUAUCAAAUGCAGCGAUUCAAAGAUGUAUAUCAUUAUGUUGAUUUCUAAAUUGACUUACGAUCAAUCUGUGAAAAAAUGUUGCGAAAUUGGAAUGCGGUUGUUGUCGCCCUUGAAUUACGCCAAAGCUUUAAAAUGCAUCAAUAGCACCUUGCCUGCGAAAACUGCCCAUUUACCACAGGCUCCAGCGAUCACAAAUGGUUUGAUGGUGGACGUGACGAGUGGACUCAGCUUUGACUGUGAAAGCCAAACAUCUUAUUUCCCGCAAAACCUGAGCCUGAGUCACACACCAGGAUAUAAUCCUAACCAAUUCUCCAGCGCUGGACCGCUCGCCACUCAUUUUUAUUAUGACAGUGUCAGUAGUCAAUUUAAAUAUGACCCCUAUUCAUUGACUGCUGCCGAUUAUUCCAUGUGUGAGUUUUUUUGAAAGCUCACAGACAUUAAAAAAUUAAAAGUCAA